GAGAUGGGUUGUUUUGGCAGCCUGGACUGGAGUGGCAGGUUGCUACCCUGGUUACUAGCAACCAGUUUGUAGAGUAGGGCUGGGCUGAAGGAAACAGGCUUGCAUAGCAACAGGGCAGGUGACCAUUGUUUGACAUGGAGACGAAAAGGGAAACACAAAAAACCUGACUCAGAAGGCCAGAGAUUCAGGGCCAAGGUUGAGCGCAUUUUUGGCUGUUGAGACAAUGACUCCCCAUGCUCUUGCUAGCAGCUUUCAUAAUUCUGAGAUGACUUUGUGGAUGCAUGUUUUCACUCUAUCACACUAAGAUAAAUCCAGCCACACUGCUGCUUGGCCUCAGGGCUCAGGUGAAAAAGAUUCCUUGUUUCGGACACUUCCCAUGGCAGACCCUGUGCUGGAUCAGAUGACCAGGCUGAAGCUGAGGCUACUGGAAAAGAGACUGGAGAAUGAGAGGGAGAAUCUUGAUGAAAGAGCAGGAACAGCACUCUCCAUGAGGAGUGCUGAUGGUCUUGAAGAUGCUUUGCACAAUGCAAUGAGAAGAAAGCGGGACCUGCUUCAGAAACUGAGGGACCAGCAGUUACUGGAUGAUAACGGGCGGCCUCAUACUUGGGGUGGGAUGACGCACAGGCGAUACCGACAGGACCCUCGCCUCGCACCUCAGCCCAUCCACAUCUACCAGUCACCGCCUCUGCCCGCAACACUACCUGCAGUGCUACCCCCACCGCCAGCACCACCACCGCCACCACCCCCACGCAUCAUUCAGCACAUGAUGCCACAACAGCCAGCAACAAUAAUCCAACAGCUCCCACAGCAACCUCUCAUUGCACAAAUCCCGCCUCCACAGCCUUUUCAACCAGUCAAAUCAGGGAGCAUCAAAGAGGACAUGGUUGAGCUGAUGCUCAUGCAGAAUGCUCAAAUGCACCAGAUCAUUAUGCACAAUAUGAUGCUGAAGGCCAUUCCCCCCAUGGCAUUUUCGCCUCCAGGGGGCGCCAGCCACCCUAACUCUGCUCUCCAUCCUGCUACUCCUCAUUGCCAGGGAAGUUACUUGGGAGCACCCAUCACUCUGCAUUCAAGCAAGCCCAAAGCAAGUUCUGUCCAUCAUCACCACCACUAUGGCUCUCCUGGACCACAGCUCCCUCCCAUUGGCUAUCCAGUGUGGCCUCCCAUGAUGUCAACAAUCUCUCCUGGGCCAGCAGGAGCCUAUCAUCCAACAGUACAGCAUUCACCUGGACACAUCACACUUCCACCACUAAAUCUGUAAGCUGUUAUUAAGGGUAGCUAUGGAUGGGUAUAACCAAAGGAUCCCACAGGGUCUUUGAGACAAAAAGAGCACUGAAGAUAUCAGGAGAAGACAGAUAAAUAACUCGACCUACACAGUUAUUUACUCAUUUCUGUAUCUGCCCUUACAGAAUGUACUGCAAUACAUUGAAAUAGGAUAUAUUAAUAAGACCAUAAAAUAUUAUAGCACUCUGUAUAUGUAAAUGAUUACAUAUUAUCAUUAUAUUUUCCUCCAAAAGAGCCACGUAUUUACAAUACACUAUAAUAGAUUCCUUAAGUGUGAAUAUGACUGGUCAUUGUUUACUGGUCUGUUGGGCCAUGAUCUGCUCUAGCUCCUGCUUGAAGGAACAGGUGAUUUUAAUUAUAUGAGGAGCACUGUCACUUUCAGCAGAAAAGCAAACAAACAAACAUGGUAGAUUUCUGACUUUUACUUGAAUAGAAGCAGGCAUGUCAAAUGAUUUCAAAUCUACAUUUGAAUAAUUUAAUUUACAAGAUGUUUUCUAAUGUUGUAAAUUAAUACAUGACAGAAUCAUUAUUUUACAAGCUGACCAUGUUUGAAAUGCUAACGAUUAUACAAGUAAUUGUGUUUUCUGUUCCCAAGUGCAGUGUGUAAUUCAUGGGAAUUAAUACACUUCUAGAAUAUAUUUCUCAGCUAAGGUAUAGGCUGAUUUUUUAAAGACAAAUAAUGGCAUCUGAAGUAAGAAUGGCACUCAUAAAAUUAGAUUCAGAUUACCUGGCAGCAAUCAUUUGUUUGUUCAUAUCAUUGCAUUAGGUCUAUCAGGGUGUUUCUGUAUAGAUAUUAUUAUAUUAAAAUAAUUAUCUUUUCAAUAUA